UGUCGCAGAGACCAGAAGACGACUAAGACACAUCCAAACAGACAACAGCCGUGCCUACUGGUGUCAUUUUUCUUUCUGUAUACACAGCCUGUAGGUUUUGCCUACAGCAAAUGGACAACGCCAUCAGAAGACUAGAAAGAACCUGAACAAGUCAGCAACUAUGUGAAAACCUCAACCUUUUAUAGAUUUAAUAGAAGUCAUUUCUAUAGUAUUCAAGCUGGAUUUUGUUUUGGAUUGUGUUUCUGAAGUGUCCCACCAUUGGACUUAAACUGCUACACCUGGACUAAACAAGACCUCACACACAAGUGUUUAGAAUCAACCAGCAAGUGUAGAUACAAGUUGUAGUUGUAUCUCAACAUUUAGGUUAUCUGGACUGUAUAUGUGUACUUCUGCGUGUAACUCUGCAUACAGCGAUGGGGAACGCAGCUGGAAGUCUGGAUAUGUCACCCGGACGGGACGUCAAACGGCCCCUCAGCACUUAUGGGCAGAAACAGCCACCGGCCCCUAAACUGCCCCUACCACCUGAGGAUGAGUUAGAGGAGAGAUUCAGCAUGGUGUUGUUUUCCAUGAAUCUUCCGCCAGACAAAGUGAAGCUGCUCUGUCAGUACGACAACGAGAAGAAAUGGGAGUUAGUUUGUGACCAGGAACGGUUCCAGGUGAAGAAUCCUCCGUCAGCAUACAUUCAGAAACUCAAGAGUGUAUUAGAGCAGGGAGGAGGCAGAAAGUUUAAAAGGCGAGUCCAAGAAUCCACACAAGUUCUGAGAGAGUUGGAGAUCUCUUUGCGCACCAAUCACAUCGGGUGGGUUCAGGAGUUUCUAAAUGAAGAAAACAAGGGGUUAGACGUGCUGGUGGACUACCUCUCUUUUGCUCAACGUGCAGUCACAUAUGACAUGGACAGCUCUGAUAAUGGAAGCUUUGAAGAGAAAUCUGUGGAAGAUUUGACCACCAGUGCGACAAACUCCCCUACCCACAAUUCCCCACGCUCAGGACGCCCCUUCACCACAAGGAAAGCUCUGAGAUUUUCGCGUCUGCUCAGUCAGAAGAACCACCUGCACCUCUGCAUCAUGUGCCUCCGUGCCAUCAUGAACUACCAGUUAGGGUUUAAUCAGGUGAUGGCUCAUCCCAACUGUGUCAAUGAAAUCACACUGAGUCUCAACAACAAGAAUGGCAGGACUAAAGCUCUGGUUCUGGAGCUCCUUGCUGCUGUCUGUUUGGUUCGAGGAGGUCACGAAAUGAUUAGUGCAGCCUUUAAUAAUUUCAAAGAGGUGUGUGGAGAGAAAAACAGAUUUGAGAAACUCAUGGAGUAUUUCAGAAAUGAGGACAACAACAUUGAUUUCAUGGUGGCUUGUAUGCAGUUUAUCAACAUUGUAGUGCACUCAGAAGAGAACAUGAACUUCCGAGUGUAUUUACAGUAUGAGUUUACCCAACUGGGACUAGACAGCUAUCUGGAGAAGUUAACCGUCACUGAGAGCGAGAGGCUGCAGGUGCAGAUUCAAGCGUAUCUGGAUAAUGUGUUUGAUGUAGGAGCGAUGCUAGAGGACGCCGAGGCCAAAAACACAAUAAUGGAACAUCUAGAGGAGCUACAAGAACAAAACACACAGUUAAACACUAGACUGCAGCAGUGUGAGAGUGAAGCUGUGGAGAAGACGUCAGAACUGGAGAAACAGCUCAUACAGAGUAGGAAAGAGGUGGAGCUUCUGAAGGACAGUGUGAAGGAGACACAGGCUCAGCUCUCUCAGCUGCAGCAGAAGGAGAAAGAGAGAGAGACACACAGUGAGAAGGAGCAGGAGCGAGAGAGAGAGAGACAGCGCUCUGCUAAAGCUCUGUCCGAGCUGGAGAAGAUGGCCCAGGUUCUGCUGGACCGAGGUCUGAUCCGCAUGGACAGAUCCCAAUCCGGCUCUCUGGAAUUACACAUUAUGCCAGCCGCUAACAUAACAGAUAAUAGUAUCACAGAAAUAAAGGCCUCGCCUGUGAUGCAGUCUCCACCCCCUCCUCCUGCCCCCGCCCCUCCACCUCCACCUCCUCCUCCGCCCCCUAUGAGUGUAGCCCCGCCUCCUUCACCUGUGCCUGGAAGGACAGGAAGUGUACAGACAGGUGUAAAAGGUAAGAAGCCAAUCAAGACCAAGUAUCGCAUGCCAUUGCUUAACUGGCAGGCUCUAAUGGAGGAACAGGUGGCCGGCACCGUCUUCACAGAGCUGGAUGAUGAAAGUGUGCUUGGGGAGCUGAAUAUGGACGUCUUUGAGGAGUUGUUUAAAACUAAAGCUCAGUCUGCACCUGUGGAUGUCGGCACUCUGAAGGUGAAAGUGGCUCAUAAAGCAUCCAGUAAAAUCGCACUGCUGGAGCCCAACAGGGCCAAAAACCUCGCCAUCACGCUGCGGAAAGUAGGCAUGAGCACUGGGCAGAUCUGCACUGCGAUCCAAACGUAUAAUCUUGAUUUGCUAAACUCUGACUUUCUGGAGCUGCUGGAGCGUUUCAUCCCGUCGGAUUAUGAGCUGAGGUUGAUUGAGAAAUACGAGCGUGAAGGGCGCCCCCUGCAGGAGCUGUCGGAGGAGGACCGAUUCAUGGUGGCCUUCAGCAAGAUCCCGCGUCUGGCACAGAGAAUCAGCACUCUGACCUUCAUGGGCAACUUCAGCGAGAGCAUCCUGCUAAUAAAGCCUCAAUUAAAUGCCAUCAUUGCUGCAUCCAUGUCAAUCAAAUCCUCCAGCAAACUCAAGAAGAUUCUAGAGAUCAUUCUUGCAUUUGGGAAUUACAUGAACAGUGAGAAGAGAGGAUCAGCAUAUGGAUUUCGACUCCAAAGUCUGGACCUGCUUCUGGACAUGAAAUCCACAGAUCGAAAACUGACACUCCUGCAUUUCAUCGUCAGCAUCAUACAAGAGAAAUAUCCUCAGCUGCACAACUUUCACACUGAACUACACUGUCUGGAUAAAGCUGCACUGGUCUCUCAGGACAGCAUCCUUGCAGAUGUUCGAUCUCUGGAGAAGGGAAUGGAGGUGGUUCGAAGGGAAUAUCUCCAGCAGAAAGACAGUGCUGUCCUCACAAACUUCAUGUCCAGUAACGGCAGUCUGUUGGACUCUGUGGUCAAAGACAGCAAAACUGCAGAGGAGGUCUUUCACUCAGUGGUGGAGUAUUUCGGAGAGGAUCCCAAAUCCACGCCUCCUUCUGUGUUCUUCCCUGUUUUUGCCAGAUUUAUUAAAGCAUAUAAGCUGGCCGAACAGGAGAACGAACAGCGCAAGAAGAGAAUCUCCGAGACUGAUUUGGGCUCAGAUUUACACAUCCCUGACUCUCCUGUGAACACUGCUGUGUCUAACAGGAUGCCGGCGAUGCCAGGCUUCCCUCAGGUGGAUCUGAUCGCAGAGCUGAAGCGCAGGCAGAUGACGCCGCUCGUGAGAGAGGGCAGAGACGGAGCCAUCGAGGACAUCAUCACAGCUCUGCAGGCGGUGCCGUUUACGGCUCGUUCUGGGAAGCGCUCGUCUCGUCUGCUCUGUGAUUCGGGUUUCUGCGAUGGGACUUCUGCUUUAUAACUGUCUCUUAUUUCCUCUCUUCUGUCUCUGAAGAUUUAAGGAACCAGCCGUACAUCAGAGCAGACGGAGGAAGACGAAGCGCCAAAUGGAAACCAGCUCAGCAGCUUCCCGUGUCGUCCGACAUCUCUCUGUGAAACACACACAGCUCAAAGCAUCCUGUGAUGAACCCACAUUACACACGAGGCCAAAAACAGUUUACAAGAAAUAUUUAACCACAAGCAAAAUUAAGCUAUUUGUAUUUAAAUUAUAAAAGCUGUACUAUUUAUGUACAAUGUAUCUCACAACUUUAUAGUCAAUCUCAAGAAACCUUUCAAGAACGUGUGCUUGUAUAUUUCAUAUCUCACCCCAAAAUGUUAAGAAUUUCUGAAAUGUGAAGAAUUUGAACAAGCGUGUAUAUUUAAUACUGUGCAUCAAAAUUAAAGAAAAAAAAGAAAUUAAAAGUGUUUUUAUAAUUCAUAUUUCAGCCCAAAAUUGAAAAAAAAUUUGAAGAAUUUGAAUGUGCUUGCAUAUUUCAUACUUUGCACCAAAAUUAAAAGGAAAGAAAGAAAUUUGAAAAAUGUAAACAUGCAUAUUCGCCCCAAAAUGUAAAAAAAAAAAAAAGAAUCUGAACAUUCUUUAAUAUUUCAUAUUUUGCUCCAAAAUUAAAAGAAGAAAAAAAAGAAAUUUGAAGAAUUUGAACAUGGUUGUAUAUUUCAUAUUUCAACUCAAAAUGCAAAAAAUUAUUUUGAAGAAUCUGAAUGUGCUUAAAUUUUAAAAUAAAAAAAUAAAAACUGUGAACAAUCAUUUUUUUUUUUUUUUUUUUAGAAUUUUAAGAAUUUAAUUUAAAAAUUAACAGUUAUACCUUAUCAUUUUCUUAUAAUGUUUAGAUGAAAUACGGCAUAUUCCUGACAGGUUUCGUGAGAUUAACUCUAUAACAACUGGAUCUUCAGAUUCAUUUUGACACUGUAUUCUGGAAAUGCUUACUGUACACCAACUACUGAAACUAGCUUCGUCUAGUAUGUGUAUAUAUAUAAAUGUAUUUUUUGUUUUCAUUUUGUUUUUUCUUUCUGCAUAUAACAUAAUAAAGAUUUUA